GGCAGUAGGGCUGUCUCAAUGCAAUACAAAUUGACGGGAAUGUUUAACCCGCCAGGGUAGCCUCUGGAGAGAGAACGAGUUAGCUUUCUCGUUUCUUGACCUCCACUGGACUAGGCGUUUACGGGGCUUCACGCUACGUUGUUUCUCGCCUGGGAAGCUCUGAUCUUCCCGGCGAGGACAAGCCGUCUCGGCCCCAAAGAACUAAGUAUUGUGCAGAGCAGGAAUCGGCUCUUUAGGCCACAAUAUCUCUGCCAAAUUAAAUUAAAUCUCUUCUGCCUACACAUGACCCAAAACCCUUCAUUCCUGCCUCUUCAGCACUUAAAUCGUUUGUGCUUUCACCAUUAUCCCAAUCGUGGACACGAAAUUCAGAGAUUCUGUAGAUGGUGGAAAUCUUGAGCAGCACACAUCAAAUGGUGGAGGAAGUCGGCAGGUCAGGCAGCAUCUAUAGAGCGAAAUCAACAGUCGAGUUCUGAUAAAGGGUUUGUACUUGAAACGUCAACUGUUUAUUAGAUGUUGCCGGACCUGACCUUGUAGUAGGCUGCCGUUUGCUAUCAGCGUUGAAAAAGGAAGAGAUUGCAUAAUAGUACCACGGUUUGGUUAACCAUGAGCAUGCUUUGGUCCUGUUGGGCAAAACUUUAUCUGGUGCCCUCUUGUAAAGCCUGUGCAAGAAGCCUACAGCAGUUUAAUUUACCGAGAUUAUAUUCCACAUUUAAUCGGUUUACUGCUCAAAAACUGAACAAUGUGACAUCGCUACAACCAGUGAGAAGUGUCAAGGGUCACAAUCCAUUCACUAGAAAUCAGGAAGAGGAAUGGAGAAAGAGGAAUAAAACUGUACUUACAUACAUAGCAGCAACAGCAAUUGGGAUGAUUGGCAUGUCGUACGCUGCCGUGCCUCUCUACAGACUCUAUUGCCAGGCUACAGGACUGGGUGGAACUGCAGUAGCUGGUCACAGUGUGGAACAAGUAGCAACUAUGCAACCAGUGAAGGAUCGAGUUAUUAAAAUUAUUUUCAAUGCUGAUGUUCAUUCCAGCCUGCAGUGGAACUUUAGACCCCAGCAAACUGAAAUUUAUGUUGUUCCUGGAGAAACUGCUCUGGCAUUUUACAAAGCGAAGAACCCCACUGGUACACCAAUUAUUGGAAUCUCUACCUACAGUGUAGUACCAUUUGAUGCAGGGCAGUACUUCAACAAAAUACAGUGCUUCUGUUUUGAGGAACAACGGCUAAAUCCCCAUGAAGAAGUGGACAUGCCAGUUUUCUUUUACAUUGAUCCUGAGUUUGCAGAGGAUCCAUCAAUGGCACGUGUAGAGACAAUUACUCUCUCUUACACAUUCUUUGAAGCAAAAGAUGGUCAAAAGCUACCUUUACCAGGAUAUAAUUAAAGUAUCAUAAAUAUUGAAUUUAUUCAGCAAAUGAUCCUUUGAAUAACAGUGUGUUUUAGUUGAGCUUGUCAGAUUGAGAUGAUCGACAAAAUGGUGUAAGGGCAAAUUAUUGUAUUGUAAGCAAAAUGAGUGUGGAGGCAACUAAAAACGAAGUACAGUGAAUUUCGGAUAAUUGGAAUGCAUCGGGGCCAAUACAUUUUGGCCCAAUUAAGUGGCUGUCCCAAUUAGCCAAAGUUUUAUGGAAAUAGUUAAAAAGGUAUAUUAAAAAAACCUACCAUUUAUAUAAACAAAUCAAGUAUUUAAACGAAAUACAGAAUAAAUUACAACACUACUAAUGUGCUAUAAAACUGUGUAUUAGUUCCUAAAAGUUAUCAAUGAAGGGAAGUCAUCCACUGCUUGCUGUCUGUUUGACUGACUGUAAAUGAACAAAAUCAGCACAGACACCUAGUGCAGAUAAUGGACUGCCUUCAUUGCCCUCCUGCAUAAAGUAAUGUCAUAAUCCAACAAUAAUUAACUAGUGUUAGGCGAAUGUCUUUUAAUUUGAUCCACUAGGGUAAUUUUUCAGCUAGUGUAUCUUUUCAUGGCAUCUUAGCAAGGAUCUGAAAUAUUUUAAAGUCAACAUUUAAAAGAAUGAUCAAAAUUCAUUGUUUUUUAAAUCGAUGCUUGUCUACCCAAAUGGUUAACAUAAGCCAAGCACGGUGUAGUGUCUAGUGGCAACACAGUGCAAGCAACAGACCCUUGUUAGAAACUGUUUGGCAGCAGUCUUCUAUCCCAAUUAAGCAGCAUAGUGUCCCAAAUAAAUAAAAGAGAUCCCAGCUAUUAUCUGGAUUAGUUUCUGUUCUUCAAGAUUUGUCCUAAAUAAGAGGCUGCCUCGAUUAACCAAUGGCCCAAUUAACUGCAAUCCUCUGUACUAGAGAAAUAAAUUGCUUUUCAAGGGUAAAGUGGUCCAUCAUGCUGACAUCAUGGUAGGAGCUUCUGAUCUACUUCUGCAAUAAAAUGUAAUAAUUACUUUCAUUUAAUGAUUUAGUUUUUAUUGUGUCCAGAUUUUCGUUAUAAUAAGAGACUUUACUACCAACUACCAUUAACCACAUCCCCCUCAUCCAUUGUCCAGUUGAGGAUACUACCUUUGUCGCAUAUACAAAGAAUCUCCUCACCUUCUUAUUGCUUCUUCCCAGAUAUCUGUCUUUGAUCCUUUCUUGAAUGUUGUUGCAUCCUGCCACUUAGCAGCAAAUACAGUCACAUUCCAUUUGUAUACUGAAUCAUUGCUCCUCACCAUCUCUCACGACACCUCUGCUUGUCUUUCUAAAAGGGCAAAUGGGUCUUAUCGUCUAAACUGUACCUCCAGUAGUGUACAGUCUUAGUAAUAUUGGUCCUUACAGCUCUGGAAUUAACCCACAAGUUAUUGACUCAGAUGGGAAUGCUGCCACUUGAGGCACAGCUAGCUACCACAGGCCAUAUGCUGUAUUUCAAAAUAAUCUCUGUAAAUUGUUCCGUUUUAUCAGAAUAAGUUGAGCUCUUUUGGCUUGUCUUUCAACUUGGAGGAGUGUUGAAGCCACAAGAAAUAGUGAUUGUGAUAGAUUUGCAGCUUCAUUUUGAAUUUGCCCACUUUCAUGCACAGGUUAUGUACUCUGGUUCUACUAUUCCAGUAACGGCAAGACAGCUUGUUAUUAUUUACUGUGAAUUGUAAUGUUGUCUUCAAAUAGAUUGAUAUAAAUUGGAUAUUAAGUGAAGCUCAUAUAACUCUUGGUAUUUUUUACACUUUUUAAGUUUCCCAAACAUAAGAGCAUAUACAAAUUUUAAACAAGAGAAAAUCUACAGAUGCUGAAAAUCGAAGCAACACACUCAAAAUGCUGGAGGAACUCAGCAGGCCAGCCAGCAUUUAUGGAAAAGAGUACAGCCGAAGUUUCAGGCUAAGACCCUCGACGGGUCCUGCUGAAGGGUCUAGGCCUGAAACGUCAACCGUACCCUUUUCCAUACAUGCUGCCUAGCCUGCUGAGUUCCUCCAGCAUUUUGUGUGUGUUGCAUAUACAAAUUUUGAUUCCUUGUUUCCUGUAGCAGUUUUCCCAUAACUUCAGAGCAGGAGUUUUUGUUUUGCUAUGUCAUUAUACUACUGUGUCAAUAUUUGUUUCUUUGUUUGGUUUAACCUGCUCUAUUGCAAUAUACAUGUUUUACAUUAACUGUGAUCUCAUUUCUAUUCUGAAAUAACAUUCAUAAUGACUACUGGCCACCAUUGCAUUAUGGCAGGUUGCAUUCCUAGAAAACAGUCCGUAAGACAAUUUUUCGUAAUGUUGAACUGUGUCAACUGCACGUGCAUCAAGAAAUGCAAGUUGGAAAAAAUGUUUACUUUCUCCACAUCAAUUUCAUAAGUCUGAAAUUUUAUUUUGUAUUCCAGACUUCUUGGUAGUGAUGUGUGAAUUCUACAAGAGCGAAUUUCUAUUGCCCAAAUUGCAUUAGCAUUGAGGGUAUCUGUAGUUGCUUCACAGUUUGCAACUUCAUUGGGGAUUGCACUAUGGUAACAUGUUUGCAGAAUAUAACUAUAUUUGUUGGAAUGUAUAAUAAUAUCCUGGUAGAUAAGCUGGAGGUUUUUCUAUUAAAUAACCAAUAUAGGUGAUUAAUAGGUUUUAUGUAAAAUAUAUGGAAUCAUGUCAUAUAAUCUGACUAAUGUUGAAGACAAAAUUGAAAAAUCCCAUCACUCUAUGUCAUAACAUUUAAAUUAGGUUUAUCCAUAAAGCUGACAAAUGCUGCGGUUUAAAAUUGGCCUGUUUGUCUUAAUUGUUUUUAUUCAUUUUAUUAUUUUCUCCAAAAUGUUUCUUUCUAAUUUUUCAGUCAUACUUCUCCAUUUCGGUUUUAAUCUAUUACAUUUUAUAUUUCUUUCCACUUUUUUGUAUUUUUGCUUUCUACUUGCUGUCUUUAAUUAUCCAGUUUCCUGCUAUCUCGCUUCAAGAACAUGGGACAAUAUCAACCUGCUCUUUCUGAAUAAUUGCAGAAAUAAAAAUAGACCUCGCAAAUCUAAUAGCAGCCCACAAAACCAAUUGUAAAGUAGUUUUAACUGCUGCUGGAAUGUGGUAAAUAAGCUCUCCAUAUUUUCAAAUGCAAUUGAUAGUGGCAGAACCAUAUGUGCUGUCAAAUGCACAUUGCUAACAUAAAGUACAUUGAUUGCAAAUGGUCUGUAGCUGUCAUGAGAGGAUUAUUCUGUGUCUAUUAAUUCAACCUAAAAGCACAAAGGAAAGCUUUAUCACCAAGCCUAAUGGCAUAGUUGGAGUUUAUUUUCUGGCUAUAACUGUUUGAAGACCUCAUUUUGUAUACAUGUGGAUAUUCAUGCAGAUAUGAGUAAAUUGGAUCAUGCAAUAAACUAUUUACUUACGGUCAUUUCAGUGAACGAAUAGUGUUGAUUGAUCCUGUAUUGGGUACUAUUAAAAGGAGUCUUGUGUCACACUGUGCAUAAUUCUAAUGUAUACUGUUAAAUAGCACAUAACAAUUCAUUUUAAAACCAUGAAUGUUUUGUCAUCAAACGUAAUAGCUAAGUGGUUUUAUCACCAUAGCUUUUUGAGGACCUUAUCAUACGUAAUUUUGUAGACAUCCUUGAAAAUAAGAGGUGCCAGUUUACACUGCUAUGUAAAUUACAACUGAAGUAUGAAUUCAUUAUUUUUGUUUAGAGAUUAUCAGUCUGUCAUUUGUAUUUUAGGAAAAUAAUCUUCUGGUUCUACAAUGUUUCAGGCUUCAUAUGGUACAAAUAUGCAGAUUUACUGUUGAUAUACUGUAGUUUAUGCAACUCAAUUAUUCUAUUUGUAAUUCAACCAGGACUGCCUGACAUAUUAUGUAUAUUUAAUAAGUUUUAAAUUGUUACUGAAUAUCUGCUUUUAUUUCACUUCAUACUCUCAAGUACAAGGAAUGACAAAUGAUAAUUAUGUUAUCAAGCCCACUUCCUAUAUAAAACAUUCUAGUUCCUCAUUUAGUGUCAAUGUUUUGCAUAUUUUUUACAUAGAUUUGCAAAGGUAAUCAAGUUCAUUUUCAAAUGUGCCCUAUUGUAAAACCUUUUUACUUUGGAAUGUAAUUUUAUAGAUAAUUUCCAUUAAUUACAAUGGAAAACCACAAUAUCCUAUUGAAGUAUUUGAUCAUCUCAGUUUGUAUUCUGUCCUUUAAAGACUUUAUUUAUCAUAUGUACAUUGAAACAUAUAGUGAAAUGCGUCAUUUGAUUUCAAUCAAAUCAGUGGGGAUUAUCCACAAAUAUUGACUUGUUUCCAGAGCCAACGUAGCAUGCUACAAAUCAGUAAUCCUAACCUGCAAAUCCAGAACGUAGGAGGAAGCUGGAGCACCUGGAAGAAACGUACACAGUCACAGGGAGAAGAUACAAACUUCCUACAGACAGUGGAGGGAAUCGAUCGUUAUCCUUGUGACCAAUAAUCCCAGUCCUAAAUUAGCAAUUAAUACAACUAUUCUUGUUUAUUUUUUAAAUGUUAUAACAACAUCUAGUAAUUCUACCAUGUCCCUUACAAAGUAAUAUUGCAGUAAUAAAUGGAGAGGAAUGCUUGGGAUAGAUUAAUAAAAUAGAAAUGUAGUCAAAUAACUAAAUUUGUAAUUAAAUAUUAAAAAGUAGUAAAAUAAAAUGUUUUUGAAAGAACAUGGUGGCAUAUUAACUCCAGAGACAGUGAAGAUUGGACAGCCAGAUAACAUGGGUUAUGACAAUGGGAUGUUCUGAAAUAAAGAUGUUGAAAUUGAUAGGCUGGACAUUAGUGAGCCCAGUGCAAUAUUGCUGGCACAAUUUGUUAGGGUAUGAGAUUGAAUGAGAAAUUAAGGUGUAGAUUUUUUAAAUCUAAUGACUGGGUAUUUUGUAUGUUUUUCUGGGUUAGAAAAAAACUAAGAAGUAAUAAAAUAUGUAAGUGGAAUUGAUUUGUAAAUGGUUUUACACCUUUAAAUACUUUGAGAUGUUGUAGGAGCUGUAGCCAUAAAAUUGAAAUUCUUCCAGAGAACAGUGUCAAUCAUUCUGCUUCAAUGCAACAGGUGGAUAGUAUGACAAUUCAUUUAUUCAUCCUGAAAUUUAAAAUUUUACAAAAACACC